AUGGCAAUUACGAUUUUGCCCUCACUAAAUAUUACCAGUUUACCACACGCUUCAUCAGGUAAACCUAGACAUCUUCUCAUUCUCGUUCAGCCGACAACCUCUCCAUCGCGUCUUCUCCACUUCGUCACAGGGUCGUUCAAGGAGCUUCAUCGCAGGUUAUUGUUAGUUUCUUCAUCUCCACUCAACCUACAAUGGCUGCAAAUAAUGAGAUGCCCGUUGCAUUAGACAAGGAACAGAUCUUUGGAAUGGCAGAGAAGGAGAUGGAGUACAGGGUUGAAUUGUUUAACAAGCUAACUCAUACAUGUUUUGCUAAAUGUGUUGAGAAAAGGUACAAAGAGUCUGAGUUAAACAUGGGUGAAAACAGCUGCAUUGAUCGUUGUGUUUCAAAAUAUUGGCAGGUCACAAAUCUUGUAGGCCAACUACUUGGUUCUGGGAGACCACCAAUGUGAAUCUUCAACUUUGGUUUUUAAUAUUAAUUAUAAUAGUCAAGGAUUCUUUAGAUUUUUUUUUUUGUUUUGAUGAUUGAUGAAAUCAUAUAGAUCAACUAAGUUGUUCAAAACCCUGAAAUAAUUUUGGAGUAUUUUCAGAAUAUUUCUAUGAGUGAACCAAUGCCAUGAAUUUUAUAUGCUUCAUUUUCUUUCA